AUGAUCUCUUUCCAAGAAUUUAUUAAUAAUUAUCUAACAAGCACAAAUGAACACGUUUCUUCGCGUAUACUACCUGUAGUAACUACUAUUUUAAGUCUAUUAUGGAAUCUGACCGAUAAACUUGCAAUAAUUUCUAUAUUUAUUGAUGUUGGUUAUAUUCAAAAAGUUAUCCAGUGGAUUCGUACAGAUAUAUUUGCGUCUCAUAUCGAUGUUAUUGGCGAUUUAAUAAUUAAUAUUGUUUACAAUUUGACGAGAGACAAGAUAGCUUUAAAACAGCUUCGUACAGAAAAAGCUUUCGACAUUUUGAUGGAACGUAAGCAGUUAAUCAACGAUGAAAACGAUAGCGAGUUGACACAAACUUAUGGUUGGGCAUUAAUCGCACUGGCCACUAGUGAUGAACAAUCGGAAGAUAACAAAAAACUUAUUCUUGAUACUAGCGAAAAGUUAUAUCGAUCGUGUAAGGAAACUGAUAAGCAAGAUAACUUAAAGUUUAAAGGAUGUCAUUUAUCGGAAUUGUUGGAAUUAUUAGAUCGUGCUUUCACAAACACAUACGUAAUAAAACAUAUUUUGGAGGAUAAAAUUAAUGAAGAAUCAACAGCAAUACAUUACUUUACAGAACUGUUUUUAUCUCUUUAUGGAGUUCUGCUGGAUCCUGAACCAGAAGAACUAGAAAAACGUGCUGUUAAAUAUUUACUUAGAAUUCUAUUACAGAUCUCUAGUUAUCCAGAAUAUUUAAAACAAGUAAUUGAAAAUAAACAUUUUUGUAUAAUCAUAGAAAGCCUCGCCAAACGUCUAAAAAGCGAUGAUGUAAAGCGUAUUUGGUGUAAUAUUCAACAAGCUGUAUCAACAAAUGAACCGAAAAAAGAAAUGUCAUCGAAAAUCUACAUUAGUUAUGAUUCUACUGAUAUAGAGUUUUGUAAAGAAUUUGUAACAGAAUUGCAUAAGAGAACGCCAAUAUCAAUUUGGGUUGAUUAUGACAAUGUUAAACUGUCUAAUGAUAUGUGGGAAUACAUAUCUCCAAAUAUUAUAUCAGCAACAACAGUUAUUAUCUUAGCAUCAACAGCUUAUGGUGAAAGUACUGACAAAUUUCAAGAAUUAUCUUACAUUAUUUCUACUAAUAAAUCAAGAGAUGAAAAAAAAGGUAUAAUUGUAGUUGCGACAGAACCUAAUUUCAAUUUCAAUCGAUCUUCGGUGAAAGAUCUUUUGCAUGAUAAAACUAUGAUUCGCUAUGAAAAUAAUAUUGAUCAUAUGGCUCAGAAUGUAUGUGAACAGAUUGGUGUAUUGACGAAACCACGAAAUAAAUGCCGAGAUUGGCUUUCUAAACGUCUACGAAGAAAAAAAGCUCAAUCUGAUGAUUUUUCAGUCAAAUCUGAAACGAGAACUUUAAAAUUGAUUCCAGAAAAUGAUCCCAGAACAGUUCUCAACAAAGUUUACUCUCAGAAAGAAUCUUCGCAAGCAGACGUUACCACCAAUGUUUUACCUAAAUCAAAAGCACAUAGUUCACAGUCCAUUGCUGCUGACUUAAUAACACAAAUUGGAUCUGUCGAUGGUUCGACUUGGGUAUGA